UGAUAUCACAUCAACUUCCCCUCCCUUCCAUCCCUGCAAUCGCCUGCUCCUCUUCAAUGGGCCCGCCUGCGCCCGGCUGAACAGUGACGAGCGCCCUUCCCCAGCUCUCCCCGCUGCGUUGUCCAGGCUCACCUCACCUCCAUCCCUACCGCCCGCCACGGAGCACACGCUUUUUUUAGUUCCGAUUUCCCAUCAUGAUGCGGACCAGAGACCCGCGCGUCCGCCAGACGAUCAAUCAAAUCUCCCACAACCUCGAAACCGCCAAUGAAACCGCCCAGGAGGGCCUCUACACCUUCUCCCACAACUACAUCGUCCCCUGCUUCGCGACCGUCGGGAACUGCAUCUCCGCAUGCGCCGCGCCAUGCCUGCCGAGCCGCGAGGACCACCUCCGUCGCCGACGACGAGGCCGUGCCGAAUCCAUCUUCGACUUCUACGACGACUGGGACAACGAAGACCCCAAUGACGGCCUCCUGGGCUGGGGCACCGACGAGCUCGACCGCCUGCUGGCCGGCAGCGGGCUGACGCGCGGCAGCUCCGAACAGCCUCGACGCCCGCGGAAGAUGAGCUACGGCGCUCGCCGCACGCGCCGGAAGAGCGGUCUGAUGGUCCCCGUCGACGACCGUGACGACCCCACCGUCAUCCCGAGCUCCUCGUUUCUGGGCUUCCUCGAGCGCUUCCCCUGGCGGUUUGGCGCGCGGGGAUUGAAGUAUCGGCCGUCCGCCGCUGACCUCCAGGAGCACCCGCAGGGCUUGCGCCGCCAUGCAUACGAGGAGGAACCUCUGAUGGAGGCCGCCGAGGAAAUCGAGGGUCCGAGCUCAACGGGCCGCUUGAAUGGAGGUCGGUAUCGGAGUUCCACCCAGUCUUCGCGCGAAACGGCCAAUUCAUUGAGCUCGCGCGGCGAUCUGAUCCCUAGCGACGAGGAGGAGGAUGCCGUGCCGCUCGACGACGAGUUUGCGAUGGCGCUGCAGAGUCGCCGCGGGACGGGGCUGGAGUCGGAUGAUCAGCUGGGUGAUAAGCCUGCUAGCAUGCGGUCGACGUCCGGGACGUUCAGCCUCGCGUCCAAGGAUUCUAGGAGACCGAGUAAGAAGAAGCGGAGUAGUCGGCUCCGAGCCUCUCAUGGGUCUGCGGAGAUCGCAGAAGAUUCGCCGGUCUCUAUGGCUGAUCUGCAGAAAGAGGAAGAACGAGCAGCGUUUGAGGAAGAAUCGGAGAUUCUAAGGAAACGUCUCGCGGCGCAACAGUUGGCUUCCACUCGCGGGUUCGAGCACAGUAAAGAACAGUCCACCUCCCGAUAUCCCCCUCCCCAGUCCUCGGCCGUCUCGUCAGACGUUGCCCAUGAUUCAUCCCUCAACACUCCUGCGGAAUCAGCAGGAGAAAACAUCCCAUCCGUCGGCACUGGAACACCUCAAACCCUCGAUCAUUCAGAAACAGAACCUUUCCCGCCUCUCCCCCAAUCUCCUCCUUCGACCACAGAACCCCAACCUCCAACGUACUCCUUAGAGGAAUACUCACACCCCAAUGACCCCACGAGCCACGGUGAAAGGUAAACUAUCUCAUAAUGGACCCAACAAACAGUAGAUUUUCACGUCAGGAUCAGCUAUGCGGGAAUUCAUCCUCCCGGUUUGCAGGUCAAACCUUCUCUUUCGAUACGGCUCUGAUUCCUAUCCUCUUCUAAACAUCACACCCUUGCAGUGAAGCGAGGCUGAAUACAGUGGCCUUGCGCUGACUGUUAAGAAAUAGCAUUUUUGUACAGUAUGACAUGACUCAUGAUUUGACACCAUAUACCCAAUGUGAUGAAGGAAU